AUGGCGCGCAAAAAAGGAUCAGUAAAGGCAGGCGGUACCUACUGCACUUUCCCGUCUCUUCAUAGCGACGUCUCCACCCUCCUCGAGGAAGACGACCUUUACUUUGGCUUCCGCGACGACGACGAUCCGACAGGCGCCAUCAAGGAGUACGACACGAACAUCAUGGGCCGCUUCGUCUGCCGCAACAUCGCCUGCAGCUGCAGGGGCUGGUACAGCAUGAAGAUCGCGAUCACCAUCCGCAUGUACCCCGGCGCCGACUACAACGCGCGCGUGUACAAGCAGCGUUGCCGGCGCUGCAACGCGCUGGGCGACCUGUUCCUGGAGCACGGGGGCUCGUACGCGGAGAGGGUCGCGUACCGGAUCAAGAAGUGGUGCGGCGUCGAGAUGGAGCCCUCGACGUACAUCGUUAAAGAGACCAAGGGACCGCACGAGAACGAUCUGUGCGAGGGCUGCAAGGCCGGGCACUGCAGAGAGGGAGGAUUUGAUGGCUCUUAG